AUGGAAGCUAAACUCACUCAAGUCGCUGAACUUAAAGAGAUCCUCACGAAAUCAAGCACGCCUAUUCCUAGCAAGGCAAACAAGGCGGAUCUUAUAGCCAAGAUUCUAGCUACUCCUGAUGCUUUGAAGCUUGCCGGUGGUGGCGAAGCUGCUGCACCCGCACCUGCGCCUGCUGCCGCUGCCGCUGCCGAACCUGUGGCUCCUGCGGCCCCUGCUCCUGCAGCUGAAGCAGCUGCGAACCGGUUCGAUUGGGAAGGGACGGGCGCAAAGCCUGAUACCGGAGCUAGCGCAGAAGCUAAACCUGCUGAACCUGCCUCUACCACUGAAUCUACCCCCGCACCCACCAAGGAAGACGCGUCCAAGUCGACCAAGAGGAAACCAAAUGAGGAACUAGAACGCCGGAAAGCGCGUGCGGCGCGAUUCGGGAUUCCGUUGGUGGAGAAUCCGGUUAGUACCAAGGGUGCUGGGGGAGCAGGUGGGCGUGGAAGAAAGGGAAAGAAGGGUGCGGAGGAAAAGGAGAAACCUGCUAGUGGUGCUGCUGCUAGUGGUGCAAAGGCAGAGGAGAAAAAGGAGGUUGCGAAGAAGCCGGAGGAGAAGAAGGAAAAGAAAGAGGAAAAGCCCAAGGCGGUGAAGAUUAGCGCUAAAGAGGCCGCUCCGAACGAUGAUGAUGCCAAGUUGGCUGCUCGGGCUGCGAGGUUCGGGAUUUCGACUGCUCCAAAGGCGGCGGCUGGGGGAAGCGCGGACCCUGCAGAGGACGAAAAGCGAAAGAAACGCGAGGCCCGGUUUGGUGCGCCUUUGGAUCGCGCGACCAACAGGCUUUUUAGUUUUCGUUGGAUUAUCAACUGUCGGCGUGACCGAGUGACUAAUUGCCAGUAUGAGCCACACGCCUGCACGCGGUAUUCCUACUCCCAGACUCUCGUCCAUCCCCACACCUGGCUCACGUCCUGGCACUGCUCAGAGCGGCAUUCCCGGACGCCCACGCAGCUCGACGGGAACAAACACGACGAUGGCGCCGAGAGACUUGGAGGCGAUGAGCAUGGCCUUGCAAGACGCGAUCAAGGCCCACGACCCAACACGAUGCGCAAACAACGAACUCUCGCCCCAGCUGCCCAGCCACCGUUAGCAUCAGCGGAAGACGCUCCGUGGCGGGCUCGCACAGACCACCCAGCGUGGCCUCGACAUCGUCCUCCAGGGCCAAGACACCCUCGACAAUCCAAUAUCGGCCGGAGUCUCAGUCGCGCAGGCCACGAGUUUGAGGUCGGAGACGCUGUCAAGAUCGAGUCGCUCGGUAUGGAAGGUACUUUACGCUUUAUGGGAGAGAUCGACGGCAAGAACGGCCUCUGGGCUGGUGUCGAGCUUGCCCCUGCCUUUGCCGGAAAAGGAAAAAACGAUGGUUCAGUUGCGGGCUCUCUGCCCCCUUGGAGAUCUAUCCCUCGUCCGUCCUCGGCAGCUUCGCACUAUACCAAUGGCCGCACUACUCCCUCUGUAUCAGGUCGGACAACCCCUUCUUUUGCCCCCGUCAAGACCAUUCCUGCCCGCAAGUACGUUGGUGUCACCGCCACCGACUUGAACUCCAGGAACACGGCUUCUCCUACUCGAGCUGCAUCUACACCUCUGGAACCCCCAAAGCCGGUCGGACCUUGCCUACUCCACGAACGCGACCAAGCUUGGCUCAACCCGGCAAUUCAACCCCCAAAGCAGCGAGACCUUACAAUCCUAUGCCUCCCCCACCGGUCCCUACCGACUCUCCCCGAAAAUGCGGCAGAACACGAUCACCCCAACGAGCCUGAACUCGGCUGGAGCCGACGAUGA